AUGACGACACAGAUUCUCCUCUUCGAUCAGUCUCGAAGCGCAAGCCACCUCCUCUCCCGAAUCCUCAGCAAACAGGCCAAGCUCCAACUCCUCUAUAGCCCUCUCAACUCCCGAGGCAAACAAGUCCAAUGGCUCAUGAGCUCCACCUGGGCCGAAGGGAUGUCCCCCACCGACCUCACCGCCUUCAACGAGGAAAUCGAAAAGAGUCUGAAGGUCUACGAUGAAGCUUUCCAGAAAGCCCAAGCCGACAACAAAAUUCUCCUCCUCCAUGACCACCCCUUCAGCGCAGCCGAAUCACAGCGCGUCCUGGGGUUGAUUAAAGAUAAAGUUGACCCGGGGAAUAGUGAUCUCUUCGCACCACAGCUUCUGGAAAUACUCUUGAAGAAGGGAACAACUCCCAUCUUAACGAUCCGGGAUCCACGCCUUGCUGUCCCUUCUGCCUUCCGCGUCCUGGGGGAGUUCGGACUGCCGCAUGGUAGCGGGCGUCCAAACUUCUUCGUGAGUACUUCGACGCUCUGGACACGAUGGCUGUACAAUUCCUUCACAUCACACGGGAUUCAGCCCGUCGUAGUCGAUGGAGAUGAUAUCAUGGCAGGCGGCGAAGCUUUCACGAGGCUGUUGGCUGAACGCCUUGACUUGGACCCGGAGGCGAUGUUGUUAAGUUGGGAAGCGCCAUACGAUCAUGUGCUGAAUAGUGGGCAUUUAAGCAAGGAGGAGUACGAAGGGUUGCAUCCGAUGUAUUAUAAGUCGCAGAGCGUACUUAUUGAGAGCAGUAAGCCAGAUGCGGGGAGGGCGGCGAGGAAUGUCGAUCUCAAGAAAGAGGAACAAAGCUGGGAGGCUGAUUUUGAGGAGGAGGAUGCAAAGCUUAUGAGAGAGGCUGUUGAGAGGGCUAUGCCGCAAUAUCAGUGGUUGUGGGAGAGAAGGUUGAAGCGAAGUGACAUGCAGUACUAA